AUGCAAAUGGAUGAGCAGGAAGAGGGCAUGUUUCCCGAUGUUCUACAGCUGCUCUCUGCUGGAUGCACCAUAGACGACGCCCUAAUGCACGCUUUUCAGAUGCCCCAGUUCGACAACAAUAUCCCAGAGAUGCCACCCCCAACGACCUAUGCGCGCCCCGGUCCUCACCCUCUGGGGUUGCCGGUGGUGCCUAAUUCACCAAUUUUCCUGGGUCCUCGCGGUCCGGUGGAUAACGACUGGACGCUGGAGAACUUUUUGAAGACGGAGGUGCUUGACAUGCCGUGUCUUGACAAUACUCCGCCGUCUCACACGAUAACUCCAUGCACCGAGGGCUUUGAACCAGUCACCCCGACUCAGUAUCCCAUCUCCCUGACCGCCGUUCCAGGAACGAAGCCAGACACCGACAGACCUCCCAAGAGACACCGCCUCCAAGUCCCACAGAUCACAGAUGGUCCUGACAGCCAUCUCGUCUCCCUCCUCGGCCAGUCGACCUUUGAGUAUCAAGGUCAUAUCGUCUCCUUGAACCACGCCUGUAAUCUUCGCCAACAAUACGAUCUCCUCUCAUGCCAGAGAGACCGAAACACCACCUCCCCAGAGCAAGAUGAGUCUUUUCCCAACACCGACGACGAGUUCCGCGGUCGCAUCCGCGAGAUCUUUGAAGCCAUCUGCGACUGGACCGAUCUACGAGAGUGGCGAGCCAAGAUGGGACAGAAGCGCGUCAGGGAGUGGCUUGCUGAAGUUGCCCAACAGAGACGAAGCUUAGGUCUCGAUGAUGACUUGUCCAAGCUCUCCGACAAGGAGCUUCAGCCUCCAGCGAAUCGUAUGCCGUCUAUGAAGGAGCAGUGGAAGAAUGUCAUCCACCGCACCAUGUCCGACGUUGAGAUUGAACUUCUCUGCGCGCAGAUUCUCGCAAGUCCACCACUCUUACUCUUAGAUUGCUCAACUAACCGUGUAACAGAAGCAGGCCAUGGCUGCUCAAAAGGGUCACAACACGACUCCCAUGUGGAGCAACAACGAGACGCAGACAACAAGGUCUUGAUCCACUCGGCCAUAAGAGCGCCAUGGAUCACACGCAUCACAAACUCGCCACACUCAGAGACUCGUAGAAAGUACCAGAACAAGGCUGGCAACGAUCGCAAGCGAACUCUGAUUGAGCAGGGUGGCUCAGAGAAGAAGAAGGCCAAGGCAGAGUCCAUGUCGCCUUUUUGA